AUGUCACAACUCAAAGCAGCUAUUCUGAUCGUCUCCGAGACGGCCGCAAAGGAUCCGUCGAGCGACAAAUGCGGCGAUGUGCUCAAAGAUGUGUUCGACAAGGAUAACGCCAGCCAAUGGCAUGUUCAGACCGUCGACAUUGUACCGGACAGCAUCCUUGACGUCCAGCGCUUUAUCCAACGCUGGGCCGACUCCGAAGACGCCGUGAAUUUGAUAGUCACGAGCGGUGGCACAGGCUUCACCCUUAAGGAUACCACGCCAGAGGCUGUGAGCCCGUUAAUUCACAAACAUGCGCCGGGGAUCGUUCACGGUAUGCUGGCGGCAUCCUUGCAGGUGACACCUUUUGCUAUGAUGGCACGGCCUGUGGCCGGCGUGAGGAACAAGACUUUGAUAAUGACGCUUCCUGGCUCUCCCAAAGGAGCGAAAGAGAACCUUGAAGCAGUAAUCAAGCUACUUCCUCACGCCUGCACCCAAGCCGCAGGCGCCGAUUCCCGUACCCUCCACGCUGGCGGCGUGAAGAAGCUGGAGAAGGAGGCAGGGCUGCACUCAAACUCUAAGCCCUCAGGAGAUAAAGCUGGCCACCACCAUCACCACCACCAUGGACAUGGCCAUGGCCACGGCCACGGACAUGGAGGCCAUUCGGCGCCCAGGGCACACACCAACCCAAACGACAAUCCCCAGUCUAACGACCCCAGCCUUGGCCCCACUAGACGCUACCGCCAGUCGCCGUACGAGAUGCUGUCGGUAGAACAGGCUCUCGAGCAGAUCGCACAGCACACGCCCAAACCUACUGUCGUCACGAUACCGCUUGGCGAGAAAGCGGUUGGUCACGUACUUGCCGAAGACAUCAAAGCCCCCGAGUCUGUACCUGCUUUCCGAGCCAGCAUUGUCGAUGGUUACGCUGUGAGGAUUCCCGAGUCCGGCACAUUCAAGGAGGGCGUGUACCCGGUUGCUCUCGUCUCGCAUGCCCAAGCCGGCGAGAUUCCGCCUCUCGAGGAAGGCAAGAUUGCGCGUAUCACAACCGGUGCGCCCCUCCCUCCGCACGCCUCGGCCGUGAUCAUGGUCGAAGACACGGUCCUCGAGAGUAUGACCGACGACGGCAAGGAGGAGAAGGAGAUCAAGAUUCUGACCUCAGCCAUCGAGGCCGGCGAGAACGUUCGCGAGGUUGGUAGCGAUGUGCGAGCGGGCGACGUGAUUAUGAAAGCGGGCGAGGGAAUCACGGCAGUCGGUGGCGAGCUCGGCCUGCUGGCUUCUGUCGGGGUCCGCGAGGUCAAGGUCUAUAAGAAACCUGUCGUCGGCGUGCUCAGCACGGGCGACGAGAUCGUUGAGUUCGACCGGCCUGGCGAGCUCAAGCUAGGCGAGGUCAGGGACACCAACAGGCCGACGCUCUUGAACGCGGUGCGCUCCUCCGGCUUCGAGGCUGUAGACCUCAAGAUCGCGUCGGAUCAACCCGGCAGCCUUGAAGAGACCCUCCGCCUCGCCCUGCGCCGCGUCGACGUCAUCAUCACCUCGGGCGGCGUGUCCAUGGGCGAGCUCGACCUGCUCAAGCCGACCAUCGAGCGCCAGCUCGGCGGCACCAUCCACUUCGGCCGCGUCAGCAUGAAGCCGGGCAAGCCGACCACCUUCGCCACCGUGCCCUUCAAGCCCACGGCCGGCGGCGACCACGGCGCCGGCAGCAGCAAGUGCGUCAUCUUCUCGCUCCCCGGCAACCCGGCCUCGGCCGUGACGACGUUCCAGCUGUUCGUGCUGCCGUCGCUGCACCGUGCCAGCGGCAUCAGCCCUGCCGGCUUGCCCAAGGUGCGCGUCAAGAUCGACGGCGCAGACUUGAGGUGCGACGGCAAGAGGGCAGAGUACCACCGUGCCCUGGUCGCCGUCAAGGCGGAUGGUGGGCUGUAUGCGAGUAGCACCGGCGGCCAGAGGAGCUCGCGUAUCGGCAGCUUCAAGGGGGCGAAUGCACUGCUGUGCUUGCCGGUCAAGGAUGGGUUCGUGAAGAAGGGUGAGAUGGUGGAUGCGUUGAUGAUGGGGCCGGUCAUCAGCGAGUUGUGA